GCCGCAGUCGGCCCGCAACGCGUGCCCGCCCUUAAUAAGGCCGAGCUGUCGCGUCCGCCCUGCGCUCGUUCUGCUGGUCCUUCUUCCGCGAGGUGGAAGCUGCCCGUACUUGGCUGCUAGGCUCGUCGCUCUCUCCCCGAAGUCCGCCGCAGCGAACAUGGCCUCAGGAGUUCAGGUUGCAGAUGAAGUAUGUCGUAUUUUCUACGACAUGAAAGUUCGGAAAUGUUCCACACCAGAAGAAAUCAAAAAAAGAAAGAAGGCUGUCAUUUUUUGUCUCAGUGCAGACAAAAAGUGCAUAGUUGUGGAAGAAGGCAAAGAGAUCUUGGUUGGAGAUGUUGGUGAUACCAUAACUGAUCCUUUCAAGCAUUUUGUGGGCAUGCUCCCUGAGAAAGAUUGCCGCUACGCUUUGUAUGAUGCAAGCUUUGAAACCAAGGAGUCCAGAAAAGAGGAGCUCAUGUUCUUCUUGUGGGCACCAGAACAAGCACCUCUGAAAAGCAAAAUGAUCUACGCAAGCUCGAAGGACGCCAUCAAGAAGAAAUUUCCAGGCAUAAAACAUGAGUAUCAAGCAAAUGGGCCAGAAGACCUCAAUCGGACUUGUAUUGCUGAAAAGCUAGGUGGCUCCUUAAUUGUAGCUUUUGAAGGAUCCCCUGUGUAGAUCAUCAGUCAGUGCCACAAAUUGAAAGCUUCCAUGUUUCACACUAGUUCUUUUCACUAUAUAAAUAAAGCAAAUAAAUAUAUUAGGCCAGGAUCUCACUGAGGGAAAUUUGUCUUGUCAUCUUUUAGAGUAAACUAAAAAUCUUAUAUGUGUCUGCAAACACCACCCUGCAUAAAUCUAGCCUCUAAAGUUUUAUUGGUUGGAAUUAGAUUCUUAUUGGCCAAAUGCCUGUUUUCAUGAAGUGACUUGUAAAGAUUUUGUUAAGCUCAGGAUUUUUGGUAAUACAGUUCACAAAAUAGUACAAGGCAAUGUGAAGAGUACUACUAAUCUUUGCUAACCUCAGCAGUUAACUUUUAUUUCUUUUGCUUAGAAAGUGAUAAUCUGUAUAAUUUUGACCCAGAAUAUCUAUUUUUCCUUGACUUAAACAAAACAAUGAGAUAUGAUUUUCUUUAUAAUGUGUACAACACUAGUAUACACUAAUAGCAGUAAGACUAUGCCAGGCAGUCUUUAAUUCUAUCAGAUGGGUCACGAGAGUGUUUCAGACUUGUGUCUGCUUUAAAGUUCAUGCUGAUCUUGCAGAGCACAGUCAGCAUGGUGCAGGAAUGCAGGAAGCAGCCCUGUGCCUGCAGUGCGAGGCUCCCUGGGCUGGCAGACUGCUUAGCGUGACUUUCUGUCUUAGAAAUCAUGGUACAUCCUCAGGAGAAUGUUGAGCAUCUUGUAACAACUAAUUAUAUUGCAAAUUAGGGCUUCAUUGUAAUUUACUUUCUUAAUGAAAAAUGAUAAAGCAGUGUGUUGAUAAGCCAAGGUGCUGUCGAUCUUUAGUUUCUUCUUCAAAACUGUGCUGCAUCUGGUACAGUAGGAUGUGGAGGUGUUGAUUACGUUUCCUCUGGGACUCGGUAGGAUGUAAAUCCCUAGAGCAGUUUACCAGCUGUGUGAGACGGGAAGCAGGUACCAUGGAUGACACUCCCAGGGGACUGCCCAACAACACUUGGAGGUGAUUGUGAACACCGCAGGCGUGACGCCGAGCAAUGUAGAUGGGCACAAGCAGUUGAACCUAGAAGUAGCAGUGCUGCUUUACGCAAUAAAGGAAGCAUUUGUAACUUG